AUGGUGGAGGUUCUCCCCGUACCUUUUCUUCCGCAACAUACUUCAGCCAUCAGCUCGAAUCCCGGCAGCCAUCGAAGCAGUUCAUGCAUCUUGACCUCUACUGACACACUGCAAAACAGGUCAAGAUUUCUAGUUAACGUAACAACAUCCCAAAACAUGUCAAGCGCAGGAUCUUCAAAAGAAGCUGGAGGAUCAGGUGAAAAGCGGGAGAAGCGGAGAAGGGGGCGGCAGCCGCGACAGUCCCUCGUCAGCCCAACUAUGCACCAAAGCAUCAGCCAAUUUGCUAACGUCAUUGGAGGUCCCGUUUUCGUUCCAGCGGGUUUCCGAGACUAUUCAGGCUGGCUCAGUACCAUUUCAGGUCCAAGGUAUCAACUCGCUUGGAGUAAUCUUGUUCGAGCGUUUACGCAGGAGUGCGCAACUGUAGAGCAGAAGACAAUCCCGCAAUUGAAAAGGGAUGUCGUUACGGACAUCGUUAAUAUGGUUGUUGACAAGAGGCCUCAUGAGAGUGCAAAGCUUGUAAGCACAAAUGCGAGGAGACAGUGCGAGACUAGACCCUCUGGGGGUAUUUCUGUGAUGACGAUUUUUGAGAAGCACCUUCUUGCCCAACAAGAGGUGAGGCCUAUUUUACCAAAAGCACCCAAAAGAGGCGGGGCGGCAUCUCCUCCUCGAGGAAGCGCUUCAACUGGAAGCCCCAAGAGAACUUCAGUUACCACACCCCGGAGUGGUAUUCCUAUUUCUUCGCUUUUAGUUGAGUCGAGGCAUCCUAAUCCUGGAGGGUCGAAAGCUCCGAGGUCACCUACUUCGACGAGGCUUCCACCAAUCGCAGAUUUCGACGCACAAGUUCAGGAAAUCAAGAAAAGAGAUCGAGACCGUAGACGGUGA